AGGAGGAACGCGGAUAAACAAACCGUUGUUAUGAUACGAGAAGACCAUUUUCUCACCGCUGUCGCGCAACACUCUUAAUGUAGGAACUUCUACUGGAGAAUAAUGUCUGAUGAAAAGUUUAAAAUGGCGCUGGCGUUGUCAGCCCUUGGUCUUUUGUUAGUGGAACAAGAAAAGAAGAGGCGGAGGAGACCAGGAAGGAGAAAGCGCACUGAAUGGGUGAACGCAUGGAUACGACAGCGGCAGGAUCAAGGGGCUUUCCUGAACCUGUGUCGAGAGCCGGAGAGAAAUGAAACCCCCGAUAUUAAAGAUUUUGCUCGUCUCUUUCCUGUGCAGUUCCACAUGUUAAAGGAACUGAUCAAUCCAAUCAUUAGGAGGCAAAACACGAACUACCGGGAUUGUAUCUCCGUCGGGGAACGUCUGAUGAUAACACUGCGCUUCUUGGCAACAGGGGAAAGCUUCAGGAGCCUUUCCUAUCAGUUCCGAGUUGGAUUAUCAACAAUUCGGCAAUUGGUUCCUGAAACCUGUGCAGCAAUCUACAAGGUUUUGAAAGACAAAUACCUGAAGUGCCCAGACACAGUCCAAGAGUGGCAGCAAGUAGCCGAUGGAUUCCAGGCUCAGUGGAACUUCCCAAACUGCCUAGGCGCUCUGGAUGGGAAGCAUGUCAACAUUCGCCCCCCACCAGGAACUAGAUCAACAUGCUACAACUACAAGCAUACAUGUUCCAUAGUGCUAAUGGCUCUGGUGGACAGCAGUUACAGGUUCCUGUACGUAGACGUCGGUUCCAAUGGGCGGAUUUCAGAUGGCGGAGUGUUUGGGGGAUGGACACUGCAGGAUGCUCUGGAGAACAGGACAUCUAAGAUCCCUGCCCCUGCACCAUUUCCUGCUUCUGACACGCCUGCUCCUUUUUGCAUUGUGGCAGAUGAGGCGUUUCCCUUGAAGGAGUACCUCAUGAAGCCAUAUCUAAACCGUAAACUAUCUGUCGAGCAACGCAUCUUCAACUACAGACUGUCACGAGCUCGGAGGGUGGUAGAAAAUGCCUUUGGGAUCUUAUCCAACCGUUUUCGUGUCUUUCAAACCACCAUUAACAUUCAAGACACUGCCAAAGUGGAGGACAUCACUUUGGCUUGUUGUGCUCUGCACAACUUCCUGCAGACCGAGAGCUGUGACUUGUACAUGACGGGAAUCGUUGACCAGGAAGGAGCGGAUCACAACACUAUACCAGGAAGUUGGAGACAAGAACCUGAACUACGACAGGCCUCCCUGCCACACACAACCAAUGCAACAACACGGGCCAAGCAGCACAGGGAUGAACUAUGCCGCUACUUCAAUUCUGACCCUGGUGCUGUGCCUUUUCAGUGGGGCAAAAUAUAAGAAAUGUGUAUGCUUAUCAUGUUCUGUUUGUUAUGCUGUAUGUCAU